GAGAGCGCGCAAGAGAGAGCGCAAGAGGGAGAGCGCGAGAGAGAGAGCGUGAGAGACAGAUCGCGAGAGCGCCAAGAGAGAGAGAGAGAGAGAGAGAGAGCGAGAGAGCGUGAGAGAGAGAACGAGAGCACGUGCGAGAGAGAGAGAGAGCGAGAGCGAGAGCGCGCGGCACAGGAG